AUGACAACCCUGUGAUGGGGAGGGCUGGCCUCCGUGUGGUCGUGCCCUGUGUGUCUGCCUGUCCCAUGGGCACCAAGGUCCCUCCCUCUGCACAGCCAGGUCUAGAGAAAGGAGACACCAUGACCCCCACCCUCAUGGCCCUGCUCUGUCUCGGGCUGAGUGUGGGCCCCAGGACCCGAGUGCAUGCAGGGAUCCUCUCCAAACCCACCAUCUGGGCUGAGCCAAGCUCUGCGAUCCCCUGGUGGACAUCUGUGACCAUCUGGUGUCAGGGGAGCCUGGAGGCCCAGGAGUACCACCUGCUUAAAGAGGGAAAGUUAGCCUGGGACACACAGAAGCCACUGGAGCCCAGGGACAAGGCCAAGUUCACCAUCAGAUACAUGAGAGUUAUACAUACAGGACGAUAUCGCUGUGACUAUCUCAGUCCCACUAACUGGUCAGAGCCCAGUGACCCCCUGGAGCUGGUGGUGACAGGAUUCCAUGGCAAACCCCAGCUCUCAGCCCUGCCCAGCCCUGUCGUGGCCUCAGAAGGGACCGUGACCCUCCAGUGUGCCUCAUGGUUAGGAUUCGACAGGUUUGUCCUGAUGAAGGAAGGAGAACGCCAGCCCUCCUCGACACUGGUCUCCCAGCAAGCCCCCAGUGUGGGGUCCCAGGCUCUGUUCCCUGUGGGCCCCGUGACCCCCAGCCUCAGGUGGACGUUCAGAUGCUACGGUUAUUACAACACCCCCCAGAUAUGGUCCUACCCCAGUGACCCCCUGGAACUGCGGGUCUCAGAUGCUGAGGUGAGAGAGUCCCCGACUGAGGAAGACAAACAGAUGGACAGUCAGGCCACGGCAUCUGAAGACCCCCAGGAUGUAACCCAUGCCCAGCUGAAUCUUGGACAGGGGACAAGUGCACCCCCUUCUUCCCAGUCAACAGAGCCCGCAGCAGAGCCCAGCGUGUAUGCUGCUCUGGCCAUCCACUAGCCCAGGAAGGACGCAGACCCCACACUCCAGGGAGGGGGACCAUAGGGACCCCCCCAGCAGGCCCUGGGGCUGUCCCCCCCACCGCCCCGUGGACACUCAGCUAAUGCCCCUGGGCCUGGAGACCUUUCAUAAGCAAGCAGGAUAGCCUGGAGCUUUAGAAAUCACUAGAUUCUGCAGUUAAAGAUAAAUAUCAGCCCCAUAUUUUUAGAAAUACAGCAAAACACUUCUAAAAAAAAAACCCCGUGGGUAAGAGAAGCAAACCACAAAGGAAGAUAAGACUUCUUCUUUUCUUCUUCUUUUAACUCAAAUGACAGUGCAAAUAAUUCUACAUCAACACAGACUUUUACUGAAAUGGUCAUGUAAAUGCUAUACGCCAUGAUCAAAUGGGAAAAUUAUGAAUGAAAUUAUUACAAAGAGAAGAGAGCCUGAAAAUCAGCAGUCCAGGCAACAUCUACAGGAGUCAGAAAAAGAACAGCAAAUUCAUCCCAUGGCGCUGGGUGAAAAUGAUACCGUAUUGAUCAUGAAGAAGAGAUAAAAAUCAAUUGUAUGAACUUCGGCUGCCAUAACAAGUACCACAGACUGGAGGGGGGGCAGGGCUUAAACAACAGAAACUUCUUUCUUCAGAGUUCUGCAGGCUUAGGCCCAAGCCCAGGGUGCCGACAGCGUUGGUGUCCUCGGAGGGCUCUCCCCCAGGUUGACGGACGGCUGCUUACGUGGCCUUUCCUCUGUGUGGCCGUGGGAGGGGAAGAGAGAUCUCAGCUGUCUCUUCUUACAGGGCCACUACCCUAUUGAUCAGGGCACCACGACCCUACGAUCUCAUGAUCACUACUCCUUAGAGGCCCCAUCUCCAAACACAGCCACACUGGGGGUCAGGGCUGCGACAUGAAUUCGGGGGUGGAGGGCAGCAUAAACCGUCCACAUCAUUCCACCCUGAGCCCCUGAAAUUCCUGUCCUCCUCCCACGCAAAGUACAUUCAUCCCAUCCAUACAGCACCCCCUCCAUCUACACUGAUUCCAGUAUCAACGAUCAAUCUAAAAUCCAGAGUUGCAUCUAAAUGACCCUGUAAGUCAGAUGAGGGCAAGGCUCGGAGGACCACGACGGGCUAAGGCAGAAUUCCUGUGCGUGUGUGUCGGAGGAAUCUUCCUGGUUUCAAUCGCGGUCCAUUAGCUUAACUAUUCAGUCCUCCAUUCACCUGGCUCCUCCCGAAUUUCCUGGGGAGCAUCCUCAUGGGGGUGCUCCGGGCACAUGUCAGCGUUUUGCUUCACAGUUCAACGGCCAAGCGCGCAAUUAUGCGGCUCGUAGGUUCUGUGUUCCACAAGAGUCUGGACACGGUUCAGGCCACGUUCUCUGCCACUUCAUUACAAGGGUCACGUUUUCUCCCUCGUGCAAUGCCUCGUUCCUCAUUUCAGCCUGAGAUCCAGGGGGACUGGACCUCCCUGUCCAUGUCUCUACCAGCAGCCCCUGCACACAUAGCAUCUUCCGUUUGGUGUCUCCAAACUCCCCCGGCCUCUCUCGCAUCUGUCUUAGGUAUUUGUUCGGGUCGCAAAAUCUGCAGUCCUCUGCUCCGGCUUCUGUGACAAACAUCACAGACUGCAGACGUGUCCAUGAAGGUGCUGGCAGGGCUGGCGUCUGGUGGGGGCUCCCCCCAGGGUAGCCUUGGUGUGAGCACGCAGACGGAGACACACACUGAGCUCCCUGGUGUAUCUUCCUUGGAGGGGUACUGAUCUUACCGAAUCAGGGCCACCCUUACAACCUCAUUCAAUCCUAAUGACUUCCCUAGAUGCCCCGUUUCCAAAUACAGCCAGGCUGGGGGUUAAGGCCUCAGCAUAUGAAUUUGGGGGAGGAACAUAAGCGUCCAGUCCCAUAACAUUAUUAAAGCCACAAACAUUUAUUAUCGAGUAUUCUCAGAAUGUGUCAAGUCCCAGCAACACUCAACAAGAAAUGGAGAAAAGACACCAAGAACCCGCAUCAGUAAUGAAAUAUGAGACAUCACUACAAAUCCCACAGACUUUCAUAGUGCCAACCUAAAUAAAAGAGGUAAACCGAGGCAAGCCCCAAUUACCAAAAAUGGAGUGGAUCUGGGAAUAGCAGAGGAAUUGUACUUCAGGAGGUGAAAACUGUAGCAAGAAGGUCUGUGGAGAGCUGGGGCAGGCUGUGCGUCUGGGGAGGAGUACAAGGGGUAGGGGGUUCAGCUAGAGACCAAGCAGCAACUUCCUGGCUUGAGUCUGGGGAGAAGCUCUUGGUGGCUGCCCCUUGGUCAAGGGAUGGGUUUCCCUUUUCUGCAAAAUCAGGCGUUUACAGGAACUCAGUCUCUCUGACCUUGAGUAUCAUCUGCUAAGGACACAUGCACGAGAUUCUGCAUUUCAUACCCUCCAGUUCCGUUCUACACUGAGUCCUUUCACAAGAGGCUAAGUGGACCUUACGAAGAACUUUAUCCCAUGUGGAUAAAAUGGACUAGUAUCACAAAAACAAUUCUAAAACCAGCUCAAGAAUAAGUAGAAAACCUGAGUCGUCUUUUGACCUCUUAAAUAAAUUACAUCCAAAGAUUAAACUCGUCCCACAAAACUCCCUCCAGAUCCAGCAAAUUUUACUGCUUAUAGAACAAACACAUUCCCAAACAUUUUCAUGGGCUAGCAUGAACACACAACAAGAAUACUGAAAGAGAGGAACGUUACACUUUAGUCUCCCACAUAGACUUAGAUGUAAAAUGACUUUCAAAAGUACAGGAAAUGGGGUGCCUGGGUGGCUCAGUAGAUUAAGCCUGUGACUCUCACUUUCAGCUCGGGUCAUGAUCUUGGGGUUGAGACAUCGAACCCCACAUCCAGCUCAUGCUGGGCUGGGCGUGGAGCCUGCUUGGAAUUCUUUCUCUCCCUCUCCCUCUGCCCCUCUCCCACCCCUCAUGUGCCCUCUCCCUCUCUCCAAAAACAUAAAAAAUAAAAAAUGGGGGAAACUAUCUGAUUACAACAUUACUGCUCAAUUCACAUGGGCAAUGGGAGGUAGAAAAAUAUUUUAAUAAAGAUCAAUUUUCCCCCAACAAAUCAGGACUUUAAUCUACCCGUUGUCCCCUACAGCUUACAGGCAGGACCCAAAACGGGGAGGACGGUCCCAGGAACAAGGGGCAUUAAGGAGCCAGGAGGGAC